ACUUUUUUCUUGAAUUUUAGGUGUCGAAACUGAAGUACGUGACCAUUUCGCUGUGAUAAAUUGAAAGCUAGGCUAAAUUUUGGUUAUUUUAAAAUUGCUGUUCUGGUUCAUCCUUCGCUCGUGGAGUGGAAGCCGAAUUCGCUCGGAGACAGCAGAAGUUUUCUUCGUAUCGAAAUUUCAUGUGCUUUUCAAGUUGCAAGAGUAAAGGUUUUAGCGAAAACACCGUUUGGAGAAUUCUGCGGAGUAAAUCAUGGGAAAACCAAAGAAGGGACGGCGGGGAGACGUCAGCGACGACGACGAGUCGGUGACGAAUGCCGAGCCUACACCAGUGGCUACGAAAAAAGGGGAAAAGAAGAAAAAAGGGAAGAAGGCUAAAGAUGACGUAGAAAGUGGCAGUGAACCAGAGGUGGAACCAGUUGAUUCCACAUCUGUUGCCAAGAAGGAGAAGAAAAAGAAAAAAGGCAAGAAAAAGCACGAUGACACUGAUGACGACUCCGAUGCUGACCAGCUGUCAUCAAAGAUGCAGUCGGUGAAAAUUGACGACGACGCCGACGUUAAACCACCGCCGAAACCGUCGCAGAAGAAAGCGCCGGCUGCUAGGUCUGCGUUUUCCAUGCUCACGAGUAUGGACUCCGAUGUUGACGUGGACGACGACGGAAGCAACGAGGAUAUUCAAAAGCCACAGCGUUCUCCGUCUCCCGAAGUCACAAAAUCUACUAAAAUUAUUGAACCCGCGAAGAAAGGCAAAAAAGGAAAGCAAUCUAAGAAAGAAGAAGACCUGGACGAAGUUCUUGCGGAAUUCGGUAUUGAGAUUAAAGAGAAGGAAUCGAAGAAGAAGAAGAAAGCCAAGAAAAAGAAAGGCGAAGAGGAAGAAGAAGCAGAUGCAGAUGAUGCCGCGGUUCCCCAAGUAGACCUUGAAAGCAAAGAAGCUGUUGUUGUAGUCGCGGCAUCUGAUGACUCUGAAGGAGAAUCGAGGAAAGAGCGACGGAAAAAGAAGAAGAAAGGUCAGAAAGAGGAUUUAGAAGAACCUGCCACCAUCGUAGCAGACGCAGAAGAGAAACGGGAUGAUGAAGCUGCUGAAGAAACCGUCGUGAAGUCAGCCGCGCAAAAGCGUCAAGAGAAGAAGGAAAGAGAACGCUUGAAAAAGUUGGAAGAAAAGCAGAAGGCAGAGAAAAAAUCGCAGGCCACCAAAAAGGAAGAAAAGCUUCCUGAAAGCAUUCAAGAACCGGUUUCGAAGCCAGCCGAAGAAGUCGUGGAUGACGAAGAAAAGGAUGAUAAGAAGGACGGGAAGAAAUCGAAAAAGAAAGGUGCUAUAAAGAAGGAAGAAGAUGAUAAGGGUAAGAAGGGUCCGUCGAAGAAAGCCCUACUUGCAAUGCAGGAAGCCGUUAAAAGAAUGAAGGAAGAGGAAGAAGCCCAGGAGAAGGCAGAGGAAGAGAGAAUCCGCUUGGAAGAAGAGCGGGAAAAUUUAAGGCUCGAAAAGAUUCGUCUAGAGAAGGAGAGGAAAGAACGGGAGAAGCAAAAGAAAAAAGAACGCAUCGAAAGAGCGAAGAAACAAGGUACUUAUUUAACUGCUAAACAGAAGGAACAACGAGCGAGAGCACAAGCAAUGCUGGAAGGCCUAAAGGCUCAAGGUGCACAGAUUCCGGCCCUUUCGAAAGACGAGAGACCAGAUGAUGAGGAGACGGAGGACAAGGUCGAGGAAGUAACCGCGAAGUCCCCGAAAAAAAUUGCGAAGCAGAUCGAAGAAGUUGUGAAAGCACCUCCUGCGGAACCCGUCGAAGAGACAUUGAUCGAGUCUCCCAUCGAUACUAAGCCUGUCGAAAAGGAGGAGGUUAAAGAGUCAUGGGACCAGGACAGUGAAGACGAUGUGAAGGACUCCUGGGAACAAGUUGUUCCUGGUAAGAUUCUUUUCUUGACGAGUGCGACGUUUCCAUCUGACAGUCUUCCAUCUUCAGAUGACGAAAACAAAGUACCACCUGCCAAACAGGAGGUGGUUGCAGAGGAAUCGGAGAAAAGCUCCGAAGAGGAAGAAUCGGAGUCAGAGUCUGACUCUGAAGAAGAGUCGGAAGAAGAUGAUAAGAAGACUGAAGCAGAAAAAAGACGCGAACGAGCAAUCGCAAGGAUAGCGAAACGUCGGAGAGAAAAUGAAGCCAAUCGAUCGACGGAUCACCUUCGACAACCCGUAGUCUGUGUUCUUGGCCACGUUGACACCGGGAAAACAAAAAUUCUGGACAAGCUCCGUCGAACAAAUGUUCAGGAAGGAGAAGCAGGUGGAAUUACGCAGCAAAUAGGUGCCACAAACGUUCCCGUCAGCGCCAUCGAGGAAAAGUGCAAGAUGGUGCUGGAGUUCGAUCCGAAAAAACUGAAACUUCCCGGCCUAUUGAUCAUAGACACUCCAGGACACGAAAGCUUUUCAAAUCUGCGCUCGAGAGGGUCUUCCUUGUGUGAUAUUGCUGUAUUAGUGGUUGACAUCAUGCACGGUCUGGAGCCGCAAACCAUUGAAUCCAUCAAUCUGCUAAAGAAGGGUGGAACCCCGUUCGUUGUAGCGCUCAACAAGAUUGAUAGGCUUUACGAUUGGAAGACGAACCAGCACAAAGACGUGCGAGACGUGAUAAAAGGACAGGCGACGAACACCAGACUUGAAUUCGAGAAAAGAGCGAAAGAAGUGAUCCUUGGUUUAGCUGAGCAGGGGUUGAAUGCGGCCUUAUUCUGGGAAAAUCCUGAUCCGCGGAAGUAUGUUUCGAUGAUACCCACUUCCGCUGUUUGCGGAGACGGCAUGGGAAACUUGGUUUCCAUGCUCGUGCAUUUGACGCAGACAAUGCUAGCGAAGCGCAUUGCCUUUUCCGAAGAGCUGCAGGCAACAGUUUUGGAAGUCAAAGCCUUACCGGGAUUGGGAACCACAAUUGACGUGAUCUUGGUGAACGGAACCUUGCGGAAAGGAGAUACGAUCAUAGUCGCAGGUACAGAAGGCCCCGUUGUUGCACAGAUCCGUUCGCUGUUGAUGCCUCAGCCGAUGAAGGAGCUUCGUGUGAAGAAUGCUUAUAAAGAGCACGCAGAGGUUAAGGCCGCGCAGGGAGUGAAAUUGUGUGCCACAGAUCUAGAAAAAGCGAUUGCUGGAUUGAAUUUACUCGUUGCGAAUCAACCUGACGAGGUUGAAGUUUGCAAAGAGGAAGUAGCAAAAGAAUUGAAGAAAGUACUCAGUUCCAUCAAGCUUCAAGAGCGCGGUGUCUACGUCCAAGCCUCUACACUGGGCUCACUCGAAGCCUUGUUGGAAUUCCUGAAGUCUUCCGAAAUUCCGUAUUCCGGCAUAAGGAUUGGACCGGUUGCCAAGAGAGAUGUGAUGCGUGCAUCUGUUCAGCUGGAGCACGAUUCCCAGUACGCCGUGAUCCUCGCAUUUGAUGUCAAGGUGGAGAGAGAAGCGCAAGAGUAUGCUGACGCUGUGCGGGUUCGAAUUUUUCAGGCCAACAUUAUUUACCAUUUAUUUGACCAUUUUAUGGCGUAUCGGGAAGAGUUGAAGCAGAAGCGGCGCCGAGAAAACGAGCAUCUGGCUUUCAUCUUCAAUACUCGGGAUCCCAUAGUCAUUGGAGUGUCCGUUGAAGCUGGGAUCUUGAAAGUCGGCACGCCCCUCUGUGUUCCGUCGAAAGAAUUCGUCGACAUUGGUGUUGUGGCGAGUAUCCAGCUGAACAACAAGGACAUGGAAAUCCCGGCCAAGAAGGGACAAGAAGUCUGCGUGAAAAUCGAGAACCGAUCCGGUGAUGCUCCGAAGAUGUUUGGACGGCAUUUCGAAGCUACCGACACAAUCGUGUCUCGCAUAUCACGAGAAUCGAUUGACGCUUGCAAAGAGUUUUUCCGAGACGACCUGCAGAAGCCGGACUGGCAACUGAUGAUCGAAUUGAAGAAAUUGUUUCAGAUUUUGUGAAAAAGUGGAGGAAGGAAAACACACCUGUUUUCUUCGACGAAUCUGGCCCGAGAAAGCGUUCUGUGGCCAUCCUUUUUCAAAACUUGUUCUGUCGUCUGGAAAAUCAUGUUUCUUCUCUGGAAUUUUUUCUCACGCUGAUGGAUGGGUUACAAUAUCAGCUUCCAACUCUCUGUGGUUUUUUUUUUCUUUUCUUCUCUUUGUUUAACAACCAGUUUUCUUUUUUUUUUUUUUUACUGCCGAUGUCUUCCGGGGAUUUUUUUCUCUCUCUCUCUCUCGAGUGUAAAACUGAUAGUACUGUUUAUAUUCUUAUUCUUUCUUUUUCGUGGUUGUUUGAGCGCGCUUUUCGGCCCGGAAGCAACGCGGUUUCCGGAAUCGGUCCCCCUUUUUUAAAGGAAGACAUAACGGUUUUGAAGCAAACGUGGUGUGAUACAGAUUUCCGCAGGAAGAAAUAACACGAACGGGGGGGAAAGAAGCUCUCGUGGUGUUUGUUUGUUCCGCAGGCGAGAAAAAUGAAAAGAAGCUGGUUCUGGGUGGAGA